AUGUCGAAACCUAACCCUAUAAAUUUAAGAUCGACUACCUCGGGUACUCUCGACGGUCUGCGAUAUGUUCAGGCACCCUGGGAAGUGCCGCUGGCAACUGUAACCCCGACACGAUUGAACCGUACGUUGCAGGCGCUAGAUGUAUUUAUUUCGAGUAACUGGAUACGCCCGAUACUUGGGGAUUCAAAUAUCUUGGCCUUUACGAUAUCAGAUGCAGGGAGGCCAUUGGCAACCUCAUAUAGCGACCCGGUACAGUUUCGAUUCAAGCAUCUAGACGCAAUCGUAGACUUAUCUAAUGUCAGCAUUCCCCACAACGUAAUUGGAAAUGGUGCGGAACAUCAAACAUCUUGGUUGGGAUUCUCUUUGGCACUUCUGGUCGAUGGGACAGCUAGACAGGGUUUAAGGACUGGCAUCGACAAUUACUGCUGUGCUUUAUCACUUGUGGGCCUUGGGAGUACCUUCAAAGAUAAAGAAGCCAUGGACUCGGUAUAA